AUGUCUGAGGACAAACGACCGUGUCCUGACAUUGGGUCACCAUCUUCAUCUACAAUUCCGUUAGUUAAUCCACUAUCUUCUGCUGCGACAACGGAAAAUGGACACUUUAACAACACGCCUGCUUCCGCUGACAACAAGUCUUCUAAAGACAUAAACAGCACGAGCCAACGUCCUCUGACCAUGUAUGCACCCAAAUGUUUCGUGAAAUUACCCGAUCGAGAUCAAAGGAACGAUAUCCGCGCGAGCAAGGACAAUAUCACAGAUUAUCGACCCAAGGAAAACCUUCAAUCCAGCUAUUCUCACGGAUACGAAGUCGGUCAGAAGACGAACGUUAGUUCACAGCAACAGUUAAAGCCGUCUUCGAAUGGAGAUAAACCUUUGGGAGACAAUGGUAAGUUCAUUUACUUCGUUUAUUUAUUUUAUAUCUCUUUCGUCUUUAAUAGCUUUAAUGUUUCUUAUGGUUUUCAGAAUUUGCGGGUACAAACGGAAAGUCAUCUAAGAAUGGUAACGCCAGUAUGCCGCCUCCCAAAAUCAAACCUUCUCCAAAAGUAAGUUUUGUUACCUAUUUUGUCAUUUAAUUUUAGUCCAAAAUUCAGAAGCCCAGCUCAUCACAACAAGAACGCCCAGUGAAUAAAGGGUCUAAUCCGUCGCCAAAAAGGCCUCUUACUAACACAACAGCUACAUAUCAGAAGGCCCGAUUUCCGUCGCCAUCCAACUCCUCAUCCUCGCAUAAUAACUAUGGCCAUCAUGUGCAACAAUACGGACCGCCUUCGGGUUACGUUGUGCGGUCUUCUCCUUCAAAUAACCAAAUGUACACCGUGCAACAACGAGGACCCCCGGCAGUGCGGGCACAACCUCCAGGGUCGACAAAACCUCAGGUUAUCAUCCAACCACAAGGUAACGUAUCAACUUCUCAACAGCAUCACUUCAUAAUCCAAACGCCACAAGAUCAGUAUCCCCACCGAGCGGGUGCUACAGUCCAGCGUGCAUAUCCCUCAGCUAAUUCUGGGCCUCCAGUCUCUGUUGCUGGCCAACAGCACCAACAACAAGUUGUGAUCCAGUUCCAUCAUCCUCCUUUAAACGACAAUCAAAGGGUGUUGAUCCACCAACAUCAACCGGUCGAAAGGCGUGUAAUGACAUCAGCUCCGUAUCCAACUUCAGCGUCUCAGCCUCAUUCUUCUCAGCAGUCAUCUUCUCAGAUGCCAGAGGGUGUUUCAGAAAGGGAUCUGAUUCACAGUAGACAAAUGAAACCGAUGCCGCCCAAGAUACCACAGCCCGUGAAACCUGAUGAUAUCUACAACGAGAUGUCCUCUCAUCCAGACUUGAUGGCAUUGCCGGAUUCUUUUAACACGAUACUCGACCAGAUUCACUCCUCUGGAGCAGCGCCGAAGGAUCUUUACAAGAUAUUGAAGCGACAGUUUAAGUUCUUGGUUUACGUAAGUUAAUUGUUUUCACUUUUUAAGUUUAAUUUCUUUACUUUUCAGAAACUUCUGUAUUUGAGCAUAAUUUGUUGUUUGAAUCAUUUUACAGACAAAAUUAAUAGUGUUGUUGCAGGAAAACGAAUGUUAUCAAGAAGAGCUCAGAUCGUCUCAGAGGAAACUAUUGAAGCUCUCACGAGACAAGAACUUUUUGUUGGAUCGGUUAUUGGCCCACGAGAUCGUCGACUCUGACGACCAAGUGAAUCCUGGAGAAGAAUCAGACGCCGAUUCAGAGGCCACGAUUGACAUUAAACCAAAGCCAAAGAAGUAAGUUGUUUGUUAGAGCUGUUUCAUAACAGGAAAGCUCUUAACCUCGUAAUAUAUUUUAUUUAUAUUGUGUUAUGGUUUUUGAGGCUAAAUUUAUUUUCAGGAAGAAGUCGAGCAAGAAGCGACCAAAUCCGUCAAGUGAAGCCGGACCAGCUACGAAAAAGUUGAAAGACAAUGGAGACUUUGCCAGCGAUGGUACGUUAUCUUUAUCUUUUAAAUUUAGGUAAUAUCCUGCAUGGGUAAUCAUUGUUUGAUUUCAGACGGAGAUUCAAAGCCUCCCAGCCGCGCCCAGAACUCACGCAUGUCUCCGGCUAGUGUUAGGACAGACUUUUCUUCAAUGAAAGUAAGUUUUCAUAUUAAUUUUGUAAAUUUAGGUACCUAAAUUAAUAUGAAUGACCUUUGUUUGCUUUAUCCUUUUUCUAUCUGCAUUUAAUGAGGAAUACAAAGAAUUUUAUUAAUUAUAUUAUUAACUAUUUAUAUCUUUAAAAACGCGUCGCUUUCAGCCCGAGCACGGUGCAGACGAACAACAGUUCCCAUCCGGCUCAUCAACCCCAUUAACUCAAACCCCAGUUAAAAGCAGCAGCAAUGUUCAACCAGUCGAUUCUCAGCAUUAA